AUGGCCGCUGUCAUCUUGCCAAAGAGUCCACACGACAUCACACUACCUCACUUUGGCGGAGCCAGCCCUACUGUAUCGCCGCAAAAGGUUGAACAGCCUUACGAAAUUGCACAGAAAUGGUUGACAUCCUUCGAACAAGUCCUAGCCAACCAAGACGCCAUCAAGCUUGGGCCUCUACUCCAUGAAGAUAGUUGGUGGCGAGAUCAUCUUGCUCUGAGUUGGGAUCUGCGUACCAUUCGUGGUAGUAGCCAGAUCCUUGACUUUGUUAGUCCAUUGCUCGAAAAUGCUGGCCUACACAACUUUCACCUUCAGGAGAAUGGCAAGUUCGCACCACACAAAGAUCAACCGAUCCCGGAGCUGGAAUGGAUCGAGUUCAUGUUCUCAUUCGAUACAUCCGUCGGCCACGGGAAGGGCAUGGUCCGCUUAGCCACUUCGCCUAGUAAUGUCUGGAAAGCGCACAUGAUCCACACCUCACUACAAGCACUCCGAGACUUUCCAGAACUGAAGGGCGAUCUGCGUCCGCACGGAGGUACCAACUCUCUCAAAGGCGGCGUGGCUGAGGGUAACUGGUACGAGAGACGGCAGCGUCAAAAAAAGUUCCUCGAUGACGAGCCAGAGGUACUGAUCGUUGGUGCUGGCCAGUCUGGACUUAAUCUAGGUGCCCGUCUCCAGGCCUUGGGUCUUUCUGUCCUGAUUCUGGACAAGAAUGAGAGAGUUGGCGACAACUGGAGACAUCGAUAUCGGACGUUGGUCACACAUGAUCCGGUUCAGUACACCCCCAUGGCGUACAUGAAGUUCCCGGAGAACUGGCCGUUAUUCACUCCUAAGGAUAAGCUCGCCGAUUGGUUUGAGUUGUACGCCAGUGCCAUGGAGCUGAAUAUUUGGCUGAGAUCCACCGUGAGAUCUGCAGAAUACAAUGAAGGCAGUCAGUCCUGGAGUGCAGACGUACUCCGAGCCGAUGGAAGCCACCGAAGCAUGAAGCCGAAGCACAUCGUCAUGUGCACAGGACACGCCGGGGAGGCCUACAUUCCCAAAUUCCCUGGCCAUGAGCUCUUCGAAGGCGCAGUAUACCAUGGCAGUCAGCACAAAGACGCCACAUUCCAAGACAACAUCGCCGGCAAAAAAGUCGUCGUGCUACAGCGGAAGGGCACAUACGUAAUCUCCGCCAAACAAGGCCUUUUCAUGCUGCACGAGGGCAUGUACGAUGAACACAGUCCACCGACCAAGGAUGCAGACGUCGCAGGACAGAGUCUCCCGAUCCCGGUCCAGUUCGCGCUGAAUAUUGGCUUGACGGAGAGUAUCAAGACCGUUGAGAAGUCCAACAUCGACGGCUUGACGAAGGCGGGAUUCAAGCUUGAUUUUGGGCACGAUGGAUCUGGGAUAUACCGGAAGUAUAUUGAGAUAGGGGGAGGGUACUACAUCGAUGUCGGAUGCUCCCAGUUGAUUAUCGAUGGGAAGGUCAAGGUUGAGCAGAGCCCCGAGGGCAUCAAGGGGUUCUCGGAGCGCGCUCUUGUUCUUGCAGAUGGUCGAGAGCUUGAGGCUGAUGUUGUGGUCUUGGCGACUGGGUAUGAUAAUAUGAGAACGACUGUGCGGAAGAUUCUGGGGGACAGGAUUGCGGAUCGAUGCAAGGAUGUGUGGAAUUUGGAUGCUGAAGGUGAAGUCAAUGCUAUGUGGCGGCCUUCUGGUCAUCCGAAGCUGUGGUUUAUGGGAGGAAGUCUUGCGUUGUGUCGAAUUUAUUCACGACAUCUUGCGUUGCAGAUCAAAGCAAGCAUUGAAGGUUUAGUGUAA